AUGGCGACGCUCACGAAUGGCCACCGGAAGGGCGUCAAUGGGACUUCUGCACCGAAAUCCUUCGUCCGGUUCUCAGACAUCCCCAAUGCGAUCGAUGUACCUGUCGGCAUCGACGCAGGUGAUGGUGAUGAAGCUGUCAACAUCGAUCUGACCGAGGAGCUGGAGGAUGUCAGCGAGCUGUGUGACUUGCUGCAGAAUGAAAGAGCGGCGCGCAAUAUCUGGAUAACAAUCGCAUUCUCGUACGCCAAGCAAAAGAAUGCCGAUACUGCGAUUGAGAUCUUGAACAAAGGCUUGGAGGCCAAGCAAGACGGCACAAAUGAGGAUCGGCUCAGUAUACUGGCAUGUCUUUGCUGGCUGUAUUUGUGGAAAUGUCGUCGGGCGCCUCGAGUGAAACCUCUGCCUCCUGCGGAUGAACGGAACAAGGAGUACUGGCUGGCCGCUGCGACAAGCACGGUCAACGAGGCGUCCAGAAUCAAUCCUUCGUACCCUCCGCUCUAUCUUGCUCGCGGCACGGCCCAUCUUCUGCGUGCUUCGCUGCAACCAGUCAAGUACGGACCUGGCUCGGAGCAUUCAGACCGAAAUGACACCCUCAAGCAAGCCAUCAGAUGCUUCGACGAUGCAUACCGCGCCUCGAACCAGAAGAACGUGAUGGCCAUUGUUGGCAAAGCCAAGGCGCAGUUCUCAAUGGGCAAAUUCGCCGAGGCGUAUGUACUAUACCAACAGGUGCUGGAUCGCGCGCCGGAUAUGAUCGACCCGGACCCACGAAUCGGCAUCGGCUGUUGUCUGUGGCAGCUCGGUCACAAGGAGAACGCGAAGGAUGCAUGGACUCGAGCUCUGGCACUCAACAAAGUGUCGGUGGGCGCAAAUAUCCUGCUCGGCCUUUACCACUUGGACGAGGGCAGCCAUCACAACUCGAACAGCCCUGAAUUUGCAGAUAUCUACAAAAAGGCCAUGACAACAUAUAUCCAAACCGCCUUCAAGCUCGACGACAUGCAAGCGAUGACAUGCUCAACAUUUGGCCAAUACUUCCUCGGUCGAAAGAAUUGGGCGAAUGUCGACCGUCUGGCAAAGCGCGCAAUUGAGCGCACUGAUGUUGGCACAAUUGCCAGCGACGGAUGGUACCUCUUGGCUCGGAAAGAUCACUACGAGGGAGAUCUUGCAAAAGCACAAGAGCACUACAGCAAGGCUGAUCAGGCGCGUGGUGGAGACGACAAGGGAUUCCUGCCUGCGAAGUUCGGUGUGGCACAGUUGAAGACCUUAAUGAACGAUUACGAUGGUGCAAAAUUCAGACUGGAGAAGAUGGUGUCAACAAACAAGAGCGUGGAAGCGUUGACUUUGCUCGGAAUCCUGCAUGCCGAGGACGUAUACACGAGUCAAGCAGCUGGAUCUCGAGAGGACAAAAGCUCCGAACGCAAAAAGGCCAUUGCGCUGCUCGAGCAAGUACGCGUCGCCUGGAAGGAUGGAAAGAAGAAGAUCUCGCCAGACUCUUCUGUCCUGCUGAAUCUCGCCCGAUUGUACGAAUCGGAUCAACCCGACAAGGCACUGGCAUGUUUGGAGCAAGUCGAGCAGAUGGAGAUUGACGAGAUCUCGGAUGAAGACCUGCCGGAAGAGAUCGAGGAGGAUGAGGCGGCCGUGAGAAGUGCCAAGAGGGACAUGCUCAGCCCACAGUUGUUGAACAACAUCGGCUGCUUCCACUUUCAGGCGGAGAAGUAUCCGUUAGCUCGACAAGACUUCCAAGCAGCGCUAAGGUCAAGCGUGGCUAUCGGCAACAAGGACGAGUCGGUCGACACUGAUGCUCUUGUCUCAACCAUCAGCUACAACCUGGCCCGCACGUACGAAGCCGAAGGCAUGGAGGACGAUGCGCAGAAAAUCUACUCCAGUCUGCUCGAAAAACAUCCUGACUACAUUGAUGCCAGGGCUCGUGUGGCGUACAUCACGCUCCACACUGAUCCAGCGGAAGGUGCUAACGCGAUCAAGUCGUUAUUGGAGUCAGAGCCUGACAAUCUGGAAAUUCGCGCAUUGUAUGGCUGGUACAUCAAUCGAAACAAGAAGCGUACCCUUCAACUUAACGAGGAUCAAGAGCAACGCCAUUACAAGCACACGCUCAUGGAGAAGGACAAGCACGACAUUUACUCGCUCACAGGACUUGGAAACUUGCAUCUGGCUGUCGCAAGAGAGUCGCCGCGAGACACAGACCAGCACAAAGAGCGCCGCAGCAAGACAUACAUGCGUGCCAUCGAGUUCUUCGACAAAGUGCUAACUCUGGAUCCCAAGAACGCCUUUGCCGCUCAAGGCAUGGGUAUUGCCAUGGUAGAAGAGAAGAAAGACACCAGCGCCGCUGUCCAGAUCUUUUCGAGAGUAAGAGAAAGCAUCAAAGACCCCUCUGUUCACAUCAAUCUCGGUCACGUCUUUUGCGACCUCAAACAAUUCUCGCGCGCCAUCGAAAACUACGAACUGGCUCUGGCAAAGUCAAGAGAUGCUGAUCCACAGACGAUGGCAUGUCUUGGCCGUGCCUGGCUCAUGCGCGGUCGUGCAGAAAAGAACCUCGAAGCUUUCAAGACGAGUCUGGACUACUCCGAGCAAGCAGUGAAGGAAGCUCCGGACAACAUCAGCUUCAAAUUCAACGUUGCAUUCGUGAGGAUGCUGAUUGCACAGCAAAUGAUCGCACUGCCCGAAGCCGACAAGACACUGUCAGAUGUGGAAACCGCAGUCACAGGCCUGGACCUUGCCAUUGAGUCUUUCACCGAGAUCGCGAAAAGUCCAAAUGCCCCAUUUCCUCGCCAUGACAUCGAACAGCGCGCCAACAUGGGUCGCAACACGAUGAAACGCCAACUUGCCACGACUGUGGACAAGCAAGCCGACUACGAACGCAAGCAUGCCACUCGUCUCGAUGAGGCUCGCAAGCGCCGUGAAGCAGAGAUUGCCAAGCGGCAAGAAGAGAAGCGCAUCGCGGACGAGAAAGCGGAAGAGGAGCGCCGCAAGAUCAAAGAAGAGCGCGAGAAGAUGGCCGAGGAGGACCGUGAGCUUAUUGCGAAGCGUCUAGAGGAGGAGAGAGCUCGGGAAGCAGCAGAGUACACGACCGAUCCGGACACAGGCGAGCGAAAGAAGCGCGAGAAGCGGCCGAAGGAGAAGCGGCCGAAGCGCAAAAAGAAGGGCGAGGACUCAGACACGGGUGACGAAGGUCCAUCGUAUGCCACAGAUGAGGACGGCGGCCGUAGACGCCCACGCAGCAAGGCUGCGAGCGCUACAGGCAGUGAUGGCGAGGCACCGAGAAAGAAGAAGAAGAGACGCUUGGACAAGGCCAAGGGCGCGGCGGUCAAGAAUUCGAAGUACAAGUCUGCGGAGACUGUGCAGGAUUCAGACGACGACGACGAUGCUGGGUUGCAGCCUGCUGCACCUUCUGCUCCGAAGUCCGACGACGCUGGAACUCCUGCAGUGGAUAGUGAUGCUGCGGACGAUGCGAUGGCGGAUGGAGGCGAUGAGGAUGACGAAGAUGAAGAGCGCGUCGUACGUCCUCAGCGGAAGAAGGCUGCAAGGAUCGUGGACGACGACGAUGAUGAGGAUGGUGGCGUGGCAGUUCCUACCGGUGACACUUCGAUGGUGGACGAUAGCGUUGCGGCAGCGGGAGACUCGGACCACGGAGGCUCAUGA